AGUCUGAACAGUAAACUGUAUUCCCUUUCCUUCGCCUGGGCAAACCAGGGAGGGUGCUAUUAGUAUGUGUAUGGGCAAUGUCAACGUUGGGACGAAGGACAGCAAUGGCGUCUCGCAAGCUGCACCCAUUGGAUGGCGGUGCACCACCCCCUCUGCUCAACGAGCGGCAGAUUGGCGUGCUUGCCAGCAUCUGUGAAACCCUGAUUCCGACAGUAGAUGACGCCGGCAGUCCAUCGCUUGGCGGGAAGGAUAAGACAGGCAAUGUCAGCACAGCUGGGGCCAACAGAAGUCCUGCGAAGGUGCACCACCCAGUUGGGGACCACAAACCUGCUCUCAAUGGUCACGAACCACAGGCGGCCCCCUCGGAGCUGCCAAAGUUCUUUGCUCUCUCUGGUUCAGCGGAUGGGACUCCUGAAGCGGUGGCAGGUUUGUUGACCUACCUGAACCCCACCGCUGUCGGCCGCCUGUCCAUCAUAUUGACCCUCCUCAGCUGGGGCCUGGGCACCCUCCUCCUGGCGGGCCGCUGGGCGCUCGACUGGCGCUUCCCCUUUGUGCACUCCUUCCCUGCCCUGUCGCCCCACGCGCGUGAGCGCAUACUACAGGGCUGGGCCAGCAGCCGCCUGGAGGACUUUCGCGCACUCUUCCGGGCAUUCAAGAGUCUCACCAUGGUGGCCUUCUAUGGCAAGGUCGAUGAGAGUGGGGGCAAUCCGGCAUGGUCUGCAAUUGGUUACGUUGGGCCGGACCCGCAGCGAGCAAAAAGGAUGGCGGCACGAGGCAGCGAGGCGGCUCGACGGCCCCUCGAGGAUGCGGUGCUCGACCUCCGGGGAGACACAGGAGAGGACGUGGUUCAGACCCUGCGAAGCCGCGGCUUUGAGGCAUCGCAGGCGGCGGCCUCCUCUGACAUCACCGUCCAGUGCGACGUGGUUGUGGUGGGGUCUGGGUCCGGGGGGGGCGUGGUGGCAGGGCGGCUGGCGCAGGGGGGGCACAAGGUGCUGGUGCUCGAAAAAGGACACUACCUGGCACGCAAUGAUCUCCCCCUCACGGAGCUGCCGACGCUGGAGGCCAUGUACGAAAAGGGGGGGCUCUUCGGUACCGUCGACGGGGGGGUGGCGCUCUUGGCGGGGUCGACCGUGGGGGGGGGCUCCGCCAUCAACUGGGCCGCGUCGUUCAAGACUCAACCCCAUGUAACGCGGGAGUGGAGCCAGGACCUGGGCCUGACUAAAUACGGGGGGGCUGAGUAUGAGGAGGCAAUGGAGGCGGUGUGCGUCCGCGGGGGGGUGCAGGCGGAGCACGUGGUACACAAUCUGCAGAACGAGGUGCUGCGCAGGGGGUGCGCCGCACUGGGGUACGAUUGCGGGGUGGUGCCGCGCAACGUGGAGGACGCCCAUGAGUGCGGCUGGUGCCAUAUGGGGUGCGCGAGCGGGGGGAAGAAGGCCACGACCGAGACGUGGCUGGUGGACGCCGUGCGCGCGGGCGCCCUCAUCCUGGCGGGCGUGCAUGCCGACCGCAUUCUGGUGGAGCCCAACCCGGACCCCCUCUCCGCGCGACAGCACAGGGCGCGGGGCGUGGUCGCCACAACAGGGGGGGGGCGGCGGCUCGUAGUGGAGGCCCGGGUCACGGUGGCGGCAGCGGGGUCCCUCCACACGCCGCCACUGCUGCUCAGGAGCGGGCUCGAGAACUCCAACAUCGGACAGCAUCUGCAUGUGCACCCCGUGUCGCUGGUGUGGGGCUACUUCCCGGAAGGGGAGGGCCCCCCCGGGCGCAUGUACGAGGGCGGCAUCAUGACGGCCUUCAGCCGGCACGUCGCACAGUGGAACACCACCGGCUAUGGGGCCCUGCUCAUGACCGCCUCCGCCCACCCCGCCAUUUUCGCGGCCAACUGUCCGUGGACGUCGGGGGCGGACAUGAAGGCGCGCAUGACCCGCUACGCGCGCACGGUGGUGCUGAUCGGGAUUACGCGCGACCGCGGCCGCGUCAGUGCCAGCCGGCGGGGCCAUCCCGUGGUGCAAUACUGGCCGGGGGAGGCGGACCGGGGGGUCCUCCUCACCAGCGCGGAGCACAACCUGCGCGUGCUGGCAGCGGCCGGCGCACACGAGGUUGGCUCCUUCCACGCAGCCGGCCCUCGGUUCUGCCCCGCUGUGCCGGGUGAGGUGGACCCGCGCUUCGAGACCUGGCUGGCGGGCCUGCGCAAGCGGGGCGUCCAUAAACACGACGCGCCCCUGGCCUCAGCGCACCAGAUGGGCAGCUGUCGCAUGGGCGUGCACGCGCGCUCGUCCGUGGUGGACGCGGACUGCGCGAGCUGGGAGGUGGCGGGCCUGUUCCUGGGCGACGCCAGCGUGCUGCCCACCGCGUCGGGGACCAACCCCAUGAUCACCGUGCAGUCGAUUGCCUACUGCACUAGCGACGCGAUCAAGCGGCAUCUAGAGGAACAAGUCAGAGUCGCUUGACCUGAAAGGAGUCGGUGCUCUAGCCGGUGCGUUGCAAGAGAGAAGCAAGUCUGGGCCAAAGAAGGCUGAAAAGCGGAACAGGUAGCAUGUCCAGAAGUUAGGACCACUCAAAACAGGCCUCUCAAAUGGACAAGGGAACAUUAGGAUCACUCAUAUUAGACGCCUGCAUAACUGGUUGGGACAGUCACGGAGGAUCCCGCGUGGGGUCCUCCUCUUAGGUCCUUGCAAAGAAGGAGAGGUGUCGAAACCGCAGAGUCUUAGGGCCUGUUAAUCUCUAUCUCUUCUUUGAGCCUCGUUCUGUCCACUUUAGCACAGGGUAAGAUCAUAGAGCAGAAAAGCUAUGGCGAUAUCACCGAGGUGAUUGGCUGUUUCUCUAAUUGCUUCCUCCAAGGCCGUUAUUGGUUGGUUUGAAUCAAAAGGACAUUGACGGGCAGCCCUUUGUGCAGAAUUCAAAGAAUUCCAGGUACUAAGAUAAUCAGUGCCAUUGCACGUCGCACAUGCAUUCAAUCAAACAGCCGGGAACAGGAGUUAGAGAUGAGUAAAGUAACACCUUGACUUCAACGUGC